AUGACUUCACCUGCUUCUCUCGCUCGAAAUGAGUCGCAGGCCUCCAGUCGUCGAAGUGCCAGUCUCGGCUCGCGUCUGUUUCGCUCAAAAAGUGGUGAAGCCUUGGGCGACCGCAAAGGCUCAGGAGGUCGUCUGAAGAAGAAGCACGGUGAAUUGGACGAGCAGGCAAAGGUGAUGCAGUCGCCUCCACGUCUGCCAGUCCAUACUCCCCAGCCUCUGGGCAUCCAGUCCUUCGGUGGUGAAAACUACCAUCCUCAUGUUGCCUCGAGAGAGUACACAAACGGCUCUAGGAAUGCUCCACCUGUGCCUCCGCUUCCCGCCAACCUCGACAAAGAUGCCGUUGAUCCAUAUGCCAGGACCGAGAGCAUGACCCAUCGUGGUCGAUACUCGUACGCAACCUCCAUUGUGUCUACCAUCAACUCUCCCCGAAGAGUCCGGCGCCGUAAGGAUCCGACUCCCUACAACAUUCUGAUCAUUGGUGCUCGCAAUUCCGGCAAGACCUCCUUCCUCAACUUCCUCAAGCGCUCCCUCGCCCUUCCUGCAAGGAAACAGUCGAGCAAGGCCCCUGACACAGACUCUCCGCCUUCAUCAGCCCGCAUAAACCCAAACUAUACUCACCAUUACCAAGAAUUCGAAGUCGACCACGAACGAAUUGGUUUGACCUUGUGGGACUCGCAGGGACUGGACAAGGGGGUGGUCGAUCUACAGUUGCGCGACAUGUCCAAUUUUGUUGAGAGCAAGUUUGACGAUACCUUCAUUGAGGAGAUGAAGGUUGUUCGUUCUCCCGGUAUUGUCGACUCACAUAUCCAUUGCGUAUUCCUCAUGCUCGAUCCAUCCAGGCUUGACGAGAACAUCAAUUUGUCACAGGGUCAAGAAAAUACCGCUGACGGAGGCCGCAUCUCCAAGCCUGCUCGGAUCGUUGGCGCACUUGACGAGGACUUUGACAUCCAAAUCCUGAAGACCCUCUCCAAACAGACUACAGUCAUUCCUGUAAUAAGCAAGGCCGAUACCAUUACUUCUGCGCAUAUGUCAUUCUUGAAACAAACAGUCAGCAAGAGUUUGAAGAAGGCCGGCCUUGACCCAUUAGAAGCUCUGAAUUUCGCUGUCGAUGACUCCGAUGACGACCGAUUUGACGAACGUCAAGAAGACGGCAUGAGUAGCAAUGAGGAUUCGGGAAGUGAAGCUGGUUCCAAGAGUGACGGUUCUGAUCCCAACCGACCCACUUCUAGCACGAAACGACCACCGAACCACCGCCGUCAACAGUCCACCUUGUCCUCAACGGAUAUCAAUUUCACAAGCGGAUUUGAGCUGUGGUCUAUCAUCAGCCCGGACAAGUAUUCUCUUGAGUCCAAGGAUGGUCCCCUUGGUCGACAGUUCCCUUGGGGUUUUGCCGAUCCUUACAGUGCCGCCCAUUGUGAUUUCAUCAAAUUGAAGGAAGCGGUGUUUGGCGAGUGGAGAUCAGAAUUGCGCGAAGCAUGUCGUGAAGUGGUAUGUAUAGUGACCUCGAGUAGUACUGCUUCCCACUUACCAUUUGCAGUUCUACGAAAGUUGGCGAACAAAUCGCCUGAAUCGACGUGGCGUCCCUCAAACAAAUGGUGGCCUUCCAAGUGGACCUAG